GCGAGGUCUGCCACCAAUUAUCCAUCUUGUGUUCGAACCACCCUCAAAUCCCUCAUUUGGAAUCCUGAUAGCGGGAUAGUUCGGUGAAAUAAAUCAGUUAAGGGCCGACGAACGGAAAGUUUUGAAAGAUAUUUUCUGGCAGUUCCCAAGUUCUUCUCAAGCGGUCAAAAUUUUGAAACCAAGAUAUAGUGGACCUCAUGCGUCCAGGUUAAGUGUGGCACACAGAGACAUGGACAUGAAGGCCGAAGGCUCACGAAAUCCGACAAUUCCUGUUGUGGAUGGUGGAGCCAUAACUAGGCCACCGACUGAGAGUGCCAACUGUGCAGCAUGCCAGAAACCAAUCAGAGAGCGGUAUUUGUUAAAGGCUCUCGAUCAGUUCUGGCAUGAGGAUUGCCUCAAGUGCGCCUGUUGCGACUGUCGUCUAGGAGAGGUAGGAUCCACACUCUUCACCAAAGCCAACCUCAUCCUUUGUAAGAGGGACUACCUCAGGUUGUUUGGAACAACGGGACUUUGUUCAGCGUGCAAUAAGACUAUACCAGCCUUUGAAAUGGUGAUGCGAGCCAGAGGCAAUGUCUACCACUUAGAGUGUUUCGCAUGCCAACAGUGUAAUCACAGAUUUUGCGUUGGUGACAGGUUUUACCUGCACGAGAACAAGAUUCUUUGCGAAUACGACUACGAGGAACGAAUGGUUUUUGCCAACCUUCCUUACAACAUCAACAGCAUCUCACUCAUCAAACGGCAGACGCAACAUCUGCACCUCCAACAGCAGCAGCAACAGCAACAGCAGCAACAACAACAGCAGCAGCAACAGCAGCAGCAUGAUGAUAGAUCCAGCGGCUACGGAAGCACGGACUCAGUUUUUGACGCCAAGUGACGCCAAGCCUUGGCGGCGCAAUCGCAGAUUGCGUCGUAAUAGCAGUGAUCUCAACACUUCAGGGUACUUCCUUCUCUCUGUGUCUGAUGAAAAAAAAAAAAAAAAAAAGAAAAGAAAAGAAAAGGAAAAAUAAAUGUUAAACUUUCGAAAUUUGGGCAAAUCACAUGCGAACAGCUGGCGGACAAAUUUCAUUCUGAUAUAUACUGUGACGUUUAUUCUUAAUCUUCAAAAUCAAAGAAAACAAAUUCCAUAAAAUACGAGUGAAUCGCUCGAAGAAUGAUUACCUAACAAAUAUAAAGGGUAUAUGUCCUUCAAAAAUUAGAAAUAAUUAGAAUUUAUCUGGUAUAACUUAACGCUAAUUUAAAUGAGCAUUGUAAGUAUUCUAUGCGAAUAACUACUGAAUUUUCAUUUAUAAGAUUAUUUUCAUUGUUUAUAAACUCUUGUAUAUAGUUGUAAAUAUAAAAAAAUAUUAAUGCGUUAUUCUAAAUCUGCAUUAUUAUUAAAAUAAUAAGAUAAAAUAAUUAAAAUUAUUACUUUUUUCAGUUUUAUCGAAAUCACGGUAGGUCUCGUUUAUUAAAAUCGUAUUGUAUUAAGUCACUUUAUGCUUGACAGUAUUCAAAAAGAAAAUAUCGCUUCAAACACAGUUUUUAAAAUACAUUUAAUGGGCAUAUAAAGAUUUUUAAUGUAGUGUGAAUCCUUAAAAUUUUGAGAUAUCGAAAUGUUAAAUUGUAAGGAAAAAAUAAAAAUAUGUGUCUCUGCAGGGUAUUUUUUAAACGGUUUAAAUUAACAGCUGAAAUUUUAAAUUCUGGAACUAGUAACAUGAUUUGAAAAAACACACAUCUCACUAUUUUAAUCCUUUAAGAUUUUAAAAAUAUACUAUUCAAUUUCUGAAUGCUUUGAAAUUCAGUUAAUUAAUAAGUAAUUAAAAAACUGUAAGCUACCUGUAUAACUUAAAUUAAAUAACAAGUAAAAGAGAAAAAAAAUUGAAAAACCUAAAUUUUUAGUUUGUACGGUUUCCAGUUCGCCAAAUUUUGACACAUCUAAAUUUAUCAGAUACUGAUAAAAAAGAACAGGAAAUUGAAAUCUAAAUCCUUAAACUGUAAUCUGAACUAAAUUCGUUAAACAAAUCAUCACAAAUACAAUUACUAAAUUUUAUUCCUCAUUAAGCGAUUACAUUCAUCAUGUUAAUUAAAAUUAGAGAAUUGUAUAUUCUCUUGCCUUAAAUAUUGCAUUAACAAAAUUAAUAUUUUAAUUUCAUGCGUCUGUAAUAUUUCAAUGUAUAAAAUUACUUACAAACGGGAUAUUUCGAAGUAUGGCCAAUUUAAAUAGCCCAUAAUAAAUAGAAAAAAAAAAGUGCAGUAUUUAAAUCCAUAUAUAAUUUCUGUCUUAUAACAUAUGCUCGUAACAUAAACAAAACUAUCCACUACUCUUAACAGCAAAAUUUGAUAAUUCACAAAAACUUGAACACGUAAAGUGUGCGGUAAAGUUGAAUGUAAAUAAUAAUAUUAAUUAAAUAAAAAAUAAAUCCUUGUAAAUGUUAAAAUAUGAGCGAAAUGUGUAUGUUAUAACGAUUAUCAAUAAAUUUAAUACAUGGAAAAAAUUAUCAACAACUUAA